UUUAGGACAAAACAUUUGGCCUAAAGAAUAAAAAAGGUGCAAAGCAGCAGAAGUUUAUCAAGGCUGUGACUCACCAGGUGAAGUUUGGUCAGCAAAAUCCCCGUCAGGCUGCUCAAACAGAAAGUGAGAAGAAAUUGAAAAAAGAAGACAAGAAGAAGGAAUUACAAGAAUUAAAUGAGCUCUUCAAGCCUGUGGUUGCUGCACAGAAAAUUAGCAAAGGUGCUGACCCCAAAUCUGUAGUUUGUGCUUUCUUCAAGCAAGGACAGUGCACUAAAGGAGACAAGUGCAAGUUUUCUCAUGAUUUGUCUUUGGAAAGGAAGUGUGAAAAACGGAGUGUCUACAUUGAUGCCAGAGAUGAAGACCUUGAGAAAGAUACAAUGGACAACUGGGAUGAGAAGAAGCUGGAAGAAGUGGUGAACAAGAAGCAUGGUGAGGCAGAAAAGAAAAAACCCAAAACUCAAAUAGUCUGCAAAUAUUUCCUUGAUGCUAUUGAAAACAACAAAUACGGGUGGUUUUGGGUCUGUCCAGGAGGAGGAGACAACUGUAUGUAUCGCCAUGCUCUACCUCCAGGCUUUGUAUUAAAGAAAGACAAAAAGAAGGAGGAAAAGCAAGAUGAAAUUUCCUUAGAAGACCUAAUAGAAAAAGAGCGUGCUGCCUUAGGACCAAAUGUUACCAAAAUUACUCUAGAGUGUUUUAUUGCAUGGAAGAGAAGAAAAAGACAAGAAAAAAUUGAUAAGGCUGAGCAAGAUAUGGAGAGGAGGAAAGCAGAUUUUAAAGCUGGCAAAGCAUUGGUGAUUAGUGGGCGUGAAGUAUUUGAGUUCCGGCCAGAGCUGGUUGAUGCAGACGAUGAAGAAGCAGAUGACACCCAUUAUGUUCAAGGAGCAGGAGAUGAUGAUGAGAUGGAAGACCCUGUGUGCAUAAAUGAUGUGGAUUUGAACCUGUAUGUCCCCAAGGCAGUGGAGGAGACUGGUAUUACAGUGGCUAGUCCUGAGCGAUUCAGCACGUACACUUCAGUAGAAAAAGAUGCUUGUAACUUCUUAGAACAAAGUCCUGAUCUUUGUGCACUUGUGGAAUGCAUGCCCCGAUCUUUAAGAGUAAGAGUCUUUCAAGUGCAGACAUUGGAUAAUAAAUUAAGUGAAGCUUCUGGUGGUGAUAUAAACAGCAGCGAGCAAAAUGAUUUAGAGGAAGAUAAUGAUGGAGAUGGGGAAUUGGAAAAUGGAGUAAUUGAUGCUGUUCCAGUUGAUGAAAAUCUGUUUACUGGAGAGGACUUGGAUGAACUAGAAGAAGAACUAAACACUCUUGAUUUAGAAGAAUGAACUAAAAAGCUCAAGUGAGGAAUUAAAUCUAUGUGACAAAGUGAAAACUGACUACAUUUUUUCUCCUUUUUGAAUAGAAUUCUUAAACAAGAUGUUUUUGGUUAUGCAGCUGAAUAUGAUGGGCACGUGGUAUCCCAGGAAUGUUUUCCUUCAAUCUCAUCUACUCCAGUCUUGACUAUGCUCACAGUAAAACUUUCAGAGUAGGUCAGAAUUACUCAACAGCUGAAUUUGCAGACAGUGAGAUUAGAACUUUCAACUAAAAGUAAGAAGUGUAACUGCUUUGCCAGUAUGCAAGUGGGCAAUUUGACACCAGGUACAGUAUAAAAAUCCAAGUAUUCAUUCUUCACAGAAGUUGCAUUUUUAUUAGUGAUUGGUGUUGAUCUAGAAACUGCCUGAAGUGGUUUUUAGGCAGGACACUCUAAUGGAGUUGAUGCAGAUUAUGCUUCUUUAAGUGGUGAUUAGCUUUACUUGAUCAGCUGGAUACUGAAGAUUGUCAACUGAUAGAUCAUACAAUACAAUGUGGUGCCCUCUGUUUAAAAUAUUUUAAACUUUCUCACCACCUUUUGCCAAUAAAUCUGUAAAUAAAAACUAUCAACUUUAAAA